AUGUCAGAAUGUAACGGAUUAGAGAAAAAAAUAUUAAGUUCAAGAAGUUAGAUUCAUAGAAUGAUGGAGAAUUUCUCACGAAAUUAUGAUUUAAUAUAAUAAUCAGAUCCUCUAGAACAUAUUACAGAGUUCACUCCUUAAUUAUCACCAAUAGGUAAUGUAAAUGAAGUAAAGAGACAGAUUGAUAUUAAACAUGAUGGUUCUUUAACUUUAUAAGAAUUAAAAUCAAAUUAAACUAGCAUCAUAUAGAUAACUAGAUUUAGAUUUAAUUAUUUUUAUGUGAGAAUUUAUGAUAGAGAAAGUCCAUUGCAAGCUUAUGUUAGAAGUGAAAAUUCUAAAUUAUAAACUUUCAAAAUGUAUAUAUCUACUAUUGCACAAUUUCCUACAAGUUUUAAUUGCGAAUAAGCUAUUUAAUCCAAAUAUUUUAAAUUUGCUGAUUAAUAAUAAAGAGAUGCUUUUCAUGUAAAAAAUUUAUACAUUUCUAUGUAUUCAGAAGAAGAUUGUCUUAUAGCAAUUAAUUUCAUUUUUGGUCAUUAUUUUAAAAAGAAAAUUAGAAUGAUAAAAGAUGAAUUCGAUUAAGAAAAAUAUAAAUAAAGUAAUCAUUUUAUAUAUUUAUAGAAUUGUAUUCAUUAAAUACUCCUAGAUUAGAUUCCAUUCAGAUGGAUAAAGUUGCUAAUAAUUUAAAUACUAAACAAUAUUAAAAAGAAUGUAAGAUUAUAUUUUAACUAAAGAAAUUCAGCAAAAGAUUAUAAUAAAUUAAAAAUUAUUAAAAUAAAGAAUAUUACAAGCAAUUGAACGAAAAAAAGUUAUUUAUGAAGACAAGAGAUUAGAUAUUAUUAGNUAUAUAAACAAGUAGGCAAAUUGAUAAAAUUUAGUUUAUAAGUUGUGUAUAAAGAGUUAGGAAUCUAUUUUACAAUGAUUAAAUAAAUAAAAAAGAAAGAUUUAUGUAAAUUACAAUUAGAGGAACCUAAAGUUAAAUAGAAAGUAGAAUACUUGUCUGA